GGAGAAAACGGGCAUUAGCGUUAUUAACGCUAUUAACGUUGUCAGCGUCCAAGUAGAAUAUAUAUGUACCCAAAGUACUCGUCUAGUAGCGCUCCCUGACAGUCGCGUGAGUCACUCAAUAUUUGAGUAGAACGGUUGAACGGUAGAACUCUCAUCGCGAUCUAGUUUGACUGAAUUUUCGAUGGUGCUGCUGCUAAACCGACAUUUUGAAUGUUCGGUGUCGUCUUCAUACAUUUCGUCGCGUCGGCUUACAAAAAUCAUAUAAAAUACGAAUAGUCUUCGUUAAGUAAAUAAUUGGACUGUUAGCUUUCAUAGAAGAGACUCAAAAUGGCAGAGUACCUUGCCUCUAUAUUCGGUACUGAAAAAGACAAAGUUAACUGUUCUUUUUACUUCAAAAUCGGCGCUUGUCGGCACGGGGAUCGUUGUUCGCGGAUACACAAUAAACCGACUUUCAGCCAGACAUGUCUGCUUCAAAAUCUUUACGUCAAUCCGCAGAACUCUGCCAAAAGUGCCGAUGGUUCCCACUUGGUGGCCAACGUGUCUGACGAAGAAAUGCAGGAACAUUACGACAAUUUCUUUGAGGAUGUAUUCGUUGAGUGCGAGGAUAAAUAUGGUGAAAUCGAGGAGAUGAACGUAUGCGACAAUCUCGGCGAUCAUCUUGUCGGCAAUGUUUACAUUAAAUUUAGACGGGAAGAAGAUGCGGAAAAAGCAGUUAACGAUCUGAAUAAUCGUUGGUUCGGUGGUCGCCCAGUUUACGCGGAAUUGUCACCGGUCACAGAUUUCAGAGAAGCUUGUUGUCGUCAAUACGAAAUGGGCGAAUGCACCCGAUCAGGUUUCUGCAAUUUUAUGCACUUGAAGCCGAUAUCACGUGAGCUCCGUCGAUAUUUGUAUAGUCGUAAAAAAGGAGGCAAGAGCAUCGGUGGCGGAAGAUCGCGUUCGCGUUCACGAUCGCGUGGUCGUGACCGGAAACGGCGUUCGCGAUCGCGCGAAAGGAGAUCUCGAUCGAAGGAGCGCCGUAAGGGUGGCGGUGGCGGCGGUGGCGGUCGGGAGGACAAAGGAAGAGACGGAAGAUCCGGAAGAUAUUAAGACUUAAGAAUUAUUCACGAGCGUGAUUUCAUUUCCAUGAUUGACGGCAAAAUGAAUAGAUUUUUUGUCGUGCUAUCAGAAUCCUCGAAAAGAGUUUUCAUUGGUGGAUAUGAAAAUAUCCAUUGGACGUUUCACGUAUAAAAUUUGAAGCGUAAAAUCAUCCGGAUCAUGUAAUCGAACAUUUUUUCAUCGUGAAACAUGAACAAUACGCGAUAAUAAUCACGAUAGCAUUAUUUUCAUACUACAAGAAUUCUUUCAUCGCAGUUUCAACAACGAUAAUCGAACCAAAAACCAUUUUUAUUUAAGCCCGAAGCGUUCGGCUAAAUUAGAUGAAAAAUUUUGUAUUUCUAGCCACCUGUCUCCUGGUCAACAGUAAAUCACCCAAUUUUAAUCAC